UUUAGGCUCGACCAAAGUGUAUGAGGAUUGGGAAGGGUAUACGACGUGUUUCCAAUUGGUAGAAGGCAUCUAGUGGCUAGGUAUACCAUCUCUUUGGAAACACUGCGCUGACCCGCCGGAAGUGGUUACUUUCGUUGCCCCGGAAGAGACGGCGGCGGGCGGCUGUGGCCCGCGGGGGGGGGGGGGGGACGGCCCUGGGAGCUGGGGCUGUGGCGGUGAGUGGGGAGCCAACUGCGGCCGCUGCAGAACUGACAAGUAUGUUUUCAUGUGUCGUAUCUUAUUAGGCUGUCAGCUGUAUGAAAGCAGAACUAAUCAUACAUGGGAAAAAACAAAAAAGAAAGGAUAUAUCCUACAAUAUACCUGACAAUCUAGCCUUUCUUAAAAGAUCUCAAGUGAGGAGAAGUAUACAAACUCCUGAGGAAGGUGUUUUGUUAAAAUUCCUGUGGAAACAAAAUAUAAUUUCAUAAGAAGAUAAUGGAUGGAGAAGAGAAAACAUAUGGUGGGUGUGAGGGCCCAGAUGCUAUGUAUGUGAAAUUGAUAUCUUCCGAUGGUCAUGAAUUUAUUGUUAAAAGAGAGCAUGCUUUAACAUCAGGAACAAUAAAAGCCAUGUUAAGUGGCCCAGGUCAGUUUGCUGAAAACGAAACCAAUGAGGUUAAUUUUAGAGAAAUUCCAUCACAUGUGCUAUCAAAAGUAUGCAUGUAUUUUACCUACAAGGUUCGCUACACUAACAGCUCCACAGAGAUUCCUGAAUUUCCAAUUGCACCUGAAAUUGCACUGGAAUUGCUGAUGGCUGCGAACUUCCUAGAUUGUUAAAUAAAAUAAAUUAUAAUAAACUGUUAACUUUUUUCAGUAUUUAAUACCUGUAGUUCAGUUAGUAACUUUUUUCAUAUAGCAUGUUGUGUGUGGGGGUGUGGUUGUGGGGGGUGGUUGAGAACUGUAAAGUUCAUUGCAAAGCAGAUACAUUCAGUCCUUUUUUUUUUUUUUUUUGCAUAGCAAUCAGAGUUGAAAUUUCUUUUGCCACUUAAAUAAAAUAAGGACGUUUUCACUAAAUGAGAAAUAAACAAUUAUGCUAAUUAGUAGAUGGCUAUGCCUUAUCCUUUAGGUGUGGUUUUAAAUAUUAGAACAAUGAUUAAGUACUGAAAUUUAGGCAUAUACUUUAGGUUCAUAUUGGCUCAAGUAUUUUUAGGAGAUUUGUUUUUGGACAGGUCGGGUUAAUUUGAACCUAUCAUAGCUGUCUAGCAUUAUUAAUUAUGCAACUAUUUUGCAUUGUCAACUUGUGUUUAUAAAUAUGGCUCGGCCAAAACAUUAAUUUUUUUUAAUAACUCGAAUACGUAAGAAUUGAUCUUGUCUUUUGAUAAAUUGCAGUCAUGUUAGCAUAUCAAAGUGUAUCUGCAUAUCUGGUUUGUCACAACUUAAGUGGUACUUUUCUUUUAAACCAUUAUGGAAAAUUGUUAGGUAUAGCUUUUGCAAUAGUGAAUUUUUAAGAACUUUAGCCAAGUUAUCAAUAAGUAACUACAGUACUAGAUGGCUUUGGCUCUGAAAACUUAGGGAUAGUCAUACAAUAUCCUUUUUGAACAAUCCAAAGUACUGUACUUAAUCAUCUAGCUAAGAAAGCUUCCUUUGCAAUUUACUUUUCACUUACUACAUUAAAAAAGAAUCAUGAAGCAAAUGUAUUAAAAUAAAAUCAUGACAAAAUUCAGCCUCCACACCCCUGUACUGCUAUUCCCCUCCAAAAAAAAGUACUCAAAUUGGACAAAAAAUAAUCAUCUUUGUGGGACUGUGAAAUUUAUGGUAAAAGCCUAGCAUAAAGCGCCUUAAUGGUUUAUGGGUUUGUCUUUGAAUGUAGUGGCUAUUUAGAAGAUUUCUAAUAAUAAGAAACAAAACCCAUACAUACACCAAUGUAAUUAGGCUUAUUUUGAUAAAAAUAUACAUUACUUUAACCAUUAGUAUUAUUAUAGACAAAUUAAAAUUUUCAGUCAACGUAUCUUUCCUAGGUAUGGAGUUAAGAACAUGAAGGCUGUUUCAAUUUCCUACUUUUUAAAUAGCAGAAUUGGUUAUACAAAUGUAAAUUUAAAUACUGGUGACUAGAUUAUUUUAGUUCAUUCCACAGAUUAGGUUUUCAGAUAAAUUUUUUUUUUUCCCUUGGUAAUCGGUUUGUUCUUAAUCUUAAUUGGAAAUAAUUAUUACAUCUAGUUUAGUAAUUCAUUAAGACAAACUCUGGUUCAUAUACACAGUAUCGAAGUAUUUACUGGUGUCAUUAAGUGCAGUGAUUUUUUUUAAUGCUAGAUGGUAACAAAAAUACCAAUUAUGUACAGAUAUGAUGAUCUUACAGGUCAAGAUGGUAGCAGAAACUACAUUUCUAGUGGGCUCUGUCCUAAUAGGUUACCUUUUUAACUCAUGGCUACACUUGAACACAUCAUAAAAUACUAAAAAUUGAUGUCCACAGAUUAGUAUGGCUAGAAUUCAGAUGAGAAAUUAUAUAAUUCAAAAAUGGUACUGCAUGAUAAGAAAAUACUUAGUAAAGAAUGAGAUUUUGUAUUAUAUGUAGUCUAGCCUGAUUUUCAAAAGCAUUAAAUUCCCCAGUUUGUUUUUUAAUUCUCAUAGGCAUUUUCGGUCAUUGUAUUAUAUACCUAGAAUGAUUAGAUAUUACCUGGUUUAAUUUAAGAGAUUUUAAGUCAUAUAUUCAAAUUUAUAAUUGUUUCUGAAAUUGAUAUUAGCUUAUUUUUGAAAUUCCAUUUAAACCUUCCUUAGUGUUUUUUCUAUGUUGUAGCAUUUGCAGCACAUAGGAUUCUAUUAUAAAUAAAAUCCUUUACAGCAACAUCUGCUUAUCUUUUAUUGUCCCCUGAAUAUCUAAAUUAACUUAAAUAUUUUAGUUUGUGGGUUUGGGUGUGUUUCUUGUGCAGAAAUUGGUGAAUGAAUGUCACAGGUGGCAGAAAAUCUGAAUACAAAUGCUGUUGAAAAAUAUAAUUUAUAAGCAGUUAAGUUCAGCCCAAGAGACAGCAUGGUGUAGUGAGUAGAGAGCUGACCUCCAAGAUUUAAAACCUGCCCUGCCCUCGUCCCUCUCCGCCUCCCCCCUCCCCCUACACCUUUGCACACAUGAUAAUUUUGACCUGGGACAAGUUACAACCUGUGAAUGCCCCAGGCUACUUUUGGAAACUAUAUAAAUUGCCAAGAAAAUGCCAACCUUCACUAAUAAUGGGGAAUUUCCUUACCUGAAAUUCUGUACCAACAAAAUCUGGUCCAGUCUCUGUAUCCCCUAAACAGCUCAUGCUCCAGACAGAUUGAUUCUCCUUAAAGUGUAUACAUUUUGUCCUGUUAAGCUUUACUUUUAUGAUCCUAUCAAAACAGCCAUAUUACAUUUUUAAAAUUGGUUCUAAGAAGUAAGGUCAACCAAUUCUAGAAAUUUCAAUCCAGAAAAAUACAAGAAAUGCUAAAAAGUUAAUAUAAUCUAAGUUAAUAGGUACAAAUUGUUUUAUCUACACCUAUACAUUGUGAUGCUGAGCUCAAAUUGUCCAUAUGUAGUUUUGAAGUUGGAAUUGAAAAUUUUAAUGUUUGGUAAGCAUUAGAGCGGCAGUUGAUUAUGGAAUUUUAUUUGACAUGUAUAAAUCUAAUUUUAGAACACCUUUGUAUCUUAUGACUAAAUUAAACUGAUUUUUAGAGAACCUAAUGGUUUGUUAAUUUGAACAAAAGAUUUGGAUCAUUUGAGAGAUUGAAUAGUAUGGUCAAAACACUAGAAUAGGAGGUCAGGACACUGCCUAAGAUUUUUUUUAAGGGCCAACUGUUUGAUAGUUUCUUGACUUGGUAGUGGUAUUCCUUAAUGUAUUAAAGUUACUAUUCUCCUUGUAAUUUAACAUUGUCAAUGUGAUGAUGUUCCCUUCCUCACAACCUAUCUACCCCUUAUCCUUAUUUCUUCAGUAAACAAUUAGGUCCAAUGUGUGUAUAUUACAUGCUAUAUGUAUGUAAAUCCAAAUUUGUAGAAGCAUAUUUUUUUAAUUUUGAUAACUUGAAAUAGCAUUGAGUAGACUUCAUUUAGUGAAGCUUCAUAGUCAAUACAUUCCAGUUAUUGCAUCUUUAUAAUGGACAUUGUUUUGAAUGGUCCUUCCUAGUUAAAGUGUAAGAUCCUUAGAACAAUUUUGCUGACUGCUUUCCAGUUUCAAAUCCUUGUAUAAGUUAAGUUCAUCCUGUUAUCAUUAGUCACUGUGUUGAAAAGAAAUGUUCGCGUGCUCUGUCAUACCAUUAAUUAUAAUGUCUGUUCAGCUUUAACUAAUUUUUCCUUUUCACUUUAGCAGUUAAUCUCUGUCCUUUUGUAAUACAUUGGACAGCUGCAUUUCCCUCCUCUGUGUGCAAUUGAAAGCAGAUAAAGUGUGUAUUUCUAGAUACUAAUUUCAACCUGUAACCACUUCUUCCAUCUCUUAACAUUACCCUCCUUCUUAAAUGGAAAAGGUUAAAAUGUUAGAAAUAGAAACAUCUGAAUUACCCUACUAUAACCAAAAGUUUUGUAUAUUUAUCAAAAAUAAUGUUUAUCAGGAUUUUCUUUUAUAGGCAUAGUAAACCACAAGUGCAUCUGAAUUAGAUUUUUUUUCCCUCCAGAAAAGCUUCCUAUUUGAUGACAACUAUAUUAAUCUGUGAAUUUGUUUUAAAAUUUAAAAAAAAAAAUUUGUAUGCUGAAGAUCUCUGUGGCAGGGUGUUAAUUCUAAGUUAUGGUUUAUAAUUAUUUAAAGAAGCUUGUGUGGAUGGUCUGGUUAAGAUAGCCAAGAGAAAAUUCAAAUGCAGGUAACUUUUUAUCCAAUAAAGAUCUUUUAAAACCUUA